AUGCCGCAGGUUCGAAACCCCAUCCUCCCCGGCUUCAACCCCGACCCUUCCAUCCUCCGGGUUGGGGAUGACUACUACAUCGCCACUUCAACCUUUGAGUGGUACCCGGGUGUUCAGAUCCACCACUCCAUGGACCUCGCAAACUGGGAACUUGUCACCCGUCCCCUAAACCGCAAGAGCCAACUGGAUAUGCGAGGAGAUCCGGACAGCUGCGGCAUCUGGGCUCCCUGCCUGACGCAUGACGGCGACAGGUUCUGGCUGGUAUACACGGACGUCAAACGCAAGGACGGCUCGUUCAAGGACGCACACAACUACAUCGUCAGUGCGCCCGCCAUCGAGGGUCCCUGGUCGGACCCCUUCUAUGUCAACUCGUCCGGGUUCGACCCCUCGCUCUUCCAUGACGACGACGGCCGGAAGUGGUUCGUCAACAUGAUGUGGGACCACCGCAGCCGCCCGCGAACCUUUGCCGGCAUCGCGCUGCAAGAGUUCGACCCCAAGGCCGGGAAGCUGGUUGGGCCGCGCAAGAACAUUUACCAAGGCACCGACCUGGGCCUCGUCGAGGGCCCGCACUUGUACAAGCGCAACGGGUGGUACUAUCUCCUGACAGCAGAGGGCGGGACUGGCUAUGAGCAUGCCUGCACCCUCGCCCGGUCUCGGAACAUCUGGGGCCCGUACGAAGAUCACCCGCAGAAGUACAUCUUGACGUCUAAGGACCACCCGCACGCAGCCCUGCAGCGAGCCGGCCACGGCGACAUCGUCGACACCCCCGACGGGCGUACCUACGUCGUUCACCUGACCGGCCGGCCCAUCACGCAGUUCCGCCGCUGUGUCUUGGGGCGCGAGACGGCCAUCCAGGAGGCCUACUGGGGCGACGACGACUGGCUCUACGUCAAGAACGGCCCUGUGCCCAGCCUGUUCGUGGACCUCCCGGCCGCCCGCAACGACGACGACUACUGGGCCGAGAAGAGGUACACGUUCGAGGCGGGCCUGCACAAGGACUUCCAGUGGCUGCGCACGCCCGAGACGGACCGCAUCUUCAGGACGGACAACGGGAAGUUGACGCUCAUCGGCCGCGAGUCCAUCGGCUCCUGGUUCGAGCAGGCCCUGGUCGCCCGGCGCCAGACGCACUUCUCGUACGACGCCGAGACCGUCAUCGACUUCAAGCCUGCCGACGAGCGCCAGUUCGCCGGCCUGACGGCCUAUUACUGCCGCUACAACUUCUUCUACCUGACCGUCACGGCCCACUCGGACGGCCGGCGGGAGCUGCUCAUCAUGGCCUCCGAGGCCUCCUGGCCCCUCGGCGCCCUCCGGUCCCCUUAUCCGGGACCCGUCCAGAUCCCCAACGAGGGCAAGGUCCGGCUCGCGCUCAAGAUCAGGGGCAAGGAGCUGCAGUUCUACUACGCUCUCGAGGGCGAAGAGCUAAAACAGAUUGGGCCCGUAUUCGACGCUAGCAUCGUUUCUGACGAGUGCGGCGGCCACCAGAAGCACGGCAGCUUCACGGGCGCCUUCGUCGGCGUGGCUGCUUCCGACAUCAACGGUACUGCUGCCGAGGCGACCUUUGACUACUUUGUGUACAAGCCCGUGCACCAUGAGAGUGACCGGUACGAGAUUUAA